AUGGCGGCUGUGGAAGAGGGAGUAGACGGCGGUGUUGGAGCGCUUGAAUCUGGAUCAGUUUCCCCGAGACUCUGCACUCCGCCGCCGGACCACGCUCACCAGAACAACCCACUCCUGGGGCUCCCUAUCGUGGUCAUAGACACCAUUCUAAAUUGCCUCACUUAUGAUGAAACCAGCCUUCUCCGCCUGGUGUGUAAGCGGAUGGACGUGAUCUGCCAGCGAAUGCUAAACCAAGGGUUCCUGAGGGUGGAGCGGUACCACAACCUCUGCCAGAAACAGGUCAAAGCACAGCUGCCCAGGCGAGAAUCAGAGAGAAGAAACCACUCGCUUGCACGCCAUGCAGACAUACUGGCAGCUGUGGAAACACGCCUUUCCUUGCUCAACAUGACAUUCAUGAAAUAUGUUGACUCUAACCUGUGCUGCUUUAUCCCUGGAAAGGUGAUAGAUGAAAUUUACCGGGUGUUGCGCUACGUGAACUCCACGCGGGCACCCCAGAGAGCUCACGAAGUGCUGCAGGAGCUGCGGGAUAUCUCCUCCAUGGCCAUGGAGUACUUUGACGAGAAGAUUGUCCCCAUCCUCAAAAAGAAGCUCCCCGGGGCUGACAUGUCGGGCCGACUGAUUGGCUCCCCUCCAGUGCCGGGCCCCUCCUCCUCCUCCUCCUCCCUGACCACGAUGUCGCUCUUGGCCAAAAACACGCCGUCACGGUCAGAGAUGACGAAGCUGCAGCAGCAGGUGAAAGUGAAUGGGGCGGCAGUGACGGCAUUGCGGCGCGAGAUCUCGGAGCUGCGGGUCAAGCAGCUGGAGCAACAGAAGCAGCUGCAGGACCAGGAACAGAAGCUGCUGGAGCAGACCCACGUGAUCGGAGAGCAGAAUGCACGGCUGGCAGAGCUGGAGCGCAAACUGCGUGAACUGAUGGACAGUGCAGUGGGAGACAGCCCUGCCGGAACCAGCCUGGAGACACCCUGCAAGCGCAGCAGGAAGGCAGCAGACAGCCCCCGGCAAUCCAAACGCCUACGGAGCCAAAAAUAAAUGGGGGGAGAUUCCAUGGCAAGGCAGUAGCCAGCCUCCCCACCCACCCCCCCUCAGCCACAUACACACACCUCUUCCUCAACCACUCCAAAACUCUACGGUUUUGACCCACCCGGUGAUAGGGACAGCAAACCUACUGUAUCUAUUUUAAAGUAGCAAUAUGUCCUGACAAGGGCAAAGAAUAGGCAAGCCUGCACGUUAAAAGGAAAAGGGGCAAGUCCUGACUGAAAUUAAAUUACUGUCCAAAGAAAGUUCUCCUAUCCGGUGAAAGCCAGGUAAAGGUUUCUUUGGGGGUUUUUAAAAUGGUAGAGGUGGCCAACAGUAAUUCAGUUCUGGUGGUUUGGCAUUUAAUUGCAGGUAACUGUAGAAAGGUGGAAUGUUUAGGUUCUACUAAUGGAUUUUCUUGGUUGCCAGAAGAGUUAGCUGCAACACCAAUGUGUAACUUUUUUCUAAUUAUUAUUUUUUUUAAUUUUCUUGGAGGAGGGAGGGGGGUAGGUAGGUUGGUUGUUUUUUUUUUUUUUUUUUUUUUUUUAAAGGAGUUAAAGAAAUGCCAUUUGCUUUGGAAGAUCAGGGCAGUUAAAUGAAUGCUCAAGUCAGCAAUUUGAAUUUAAUUAAGCAAACUACUGAUGGACUCGCUUUUAAUUUGUUAGCUGACAAACUUUAAUUUCAACAGCAUCUGGCAAAAACUUUUUUUCUGGGUUUUUAUUUUUUGUUUUGUUUUUUUUGCAAGUUAAUCAAAUGCAUAUUCCCUUCAGGUUGUAAUGGAACAGUUAUAUAGAUGGAAAUUAGACUCUG